AUGCAGGACUAUGAGGUGGACCUAUAUCUGCGUCAGAAAUGGCAGGACGAGCGACUAAAACACGCUGACAUUACAGAAGUCCUCGACCUGAAUGACCCCAACCUGGUCAAGGCCAUCUGGAAGCCAGAGGUCUACUUCCCCAACGCAAAGCAUGCCGAGUUCCAGUUCGUCACUGUGCCAAAUGUGCUAAUCAGAAUCAACCCUGAUGGAGAGAUACUCUACAUGCUCAGACUGAAACUAACAUUCUCAUGCAUGAUGGAUCUGUCAAAGUUCCCACUGGAUAACCAGAUUUGCACCAUGGAAGUGGCUAGUUUUUCAAAAACAAUAGAAGAGCUCCGCCUGGAAUGGAAAACUAUGAACCCCGUGAUAAUGGGAAAAGGAUUGAAGAUGCCUCAAUUCGAGAUCGUCGACAUUGUACCAUCAGAAUGCCAAGAAUCUUUUCAAAUUGGUAACUACAGCUGUUUGGUGGCGGAAUUCUACCUGUCGCGGUCAGUGGGCUUCCACCUGGUGCAGAGCUACCUGCCGACCAUCCUGAUAGUGGUCAUUUCCUGGGUCUCCUUCUGGAUGGAUGUGGACUCUGUGCCAGGGCGCACCACCCUCGGAGUCACCACACUCCUGGCUGUGUCCUCACAGAGCUCUGGCAUUCAGAGUGGACUGCCCCAAGUGAGUUAUGUGAAGGCCAUUGACGUAUGGAUGGGAACCUGCACAGCGUUCGUGUUCUGCGCGUUGCUCGAGUUCACGUUCGUGAACUACAUGUGGCGCAAACUGUCUCCGGAGAUUCUGCGCAAAACUCUGAUCCCUGACGGAGUAAAUGGUGACGUCAUCACUAAGGGUGCUCCCCAAUUGGCAACCGAGCAACCGGAGGAGGCAGUUGCUGUUACUGUUGUGAAGAAAGUGAUCCUAACUCACGGAGAUUUGUCAGGUCACGUGACAAACAAAAACAUGAUAAUGGCACGACAGAUAGACGAAUAUUCGAGGCUCUGUUUUCCACUAGCCUUUGCUCUCUUCAACGUCCUCUACUGGUCAUACUACUUGGCAUAAACUGAGAGAGAAAGUGAAUAUCUUACUGGUCAUACUACCUGGCAUUAACUGAGAGAGAAAGUGAAAAACUUACUGAUUAUACUAUCUGGCAUAAACUGAGAGUGAAAGUGAAUAACUUACUGGUCAUACUAUCUGGCAUAAACUGAGAGAGAAAGUGAAUAACUUACUGGUCAUACUUUCUGGCAUAAACUGAGAGAGAAACUGAAUAACUUUCUGGUCAUAUUAUAUAGUAUAAACUGAGAGAGAAAGUAAAUAAAUUUACGGAUCAUACUAUCUGGCAUAAACUGAGAGAGAAAGCAAAUAACUUACUGGUAAUACUAUAUGGUGUACACUGAGAGAGAAAGUGAAUAACUUACUGGUCAUACUACCUGGCAUAAACUGAGAGAGAGAGAGUGAAUAACUUACUGAUCAUACUAUCUGGCAUAAACUGAUGAGAGAGAAAGUGAAUAAAUUACUGGUCAUACUAUAUCUGUAAUGAACUGAGAGAGAAAGUGAAUAACUAUCUGGUCAUAUUAUAAAUAGUAUAAACUGAGAGAGAAAGUGAAUAACUUACUGAUCAUACUAUCUGAACAUAUGUGUUUCUCAAGUUCCGUUCAAUCUAAUUGAAUCUAUAAGGAUUAAGUUAUCAACAUUUUGUUAAUAACUUUGGUGUAAACGCAGCUUUACUUUAGCUGAUAGUCAAUGAUAUAAUUUUUACUGGCAAAAUUUUCAUAUUGAAACGAACAUGUAAUUUAUGCAGUUCCAGUACAAAUUUUCCACCAAUUCCAGAGUGGUAUUGAGUUCUGUCAUCUAUCAAUGAUAUACUUUUUACUGGCGAAAUUUUCAUAUUGAAACUGCUAGAAACGAAGAUGGAAUUUAUGCAGUUUCAAUAUAAAUUUUCCCACCAAUUCCAGGGUGGUAUCGAGUUUUCCCAUCAACCCAAACAUCUUUGAAACAGUGUCAGAGUGGGCCUACGUCCUUGUUAGCUGAAGAUGGGACCAAGUGUCUUGAAACGCGUCCAGAACUUGAAGAAACAUUUAACACUGUUGUGAAAAUGAAAAUUUCAUACUAUACCUAUAUCCGAUCACCUCACAAUGAUUGUUGAGUGAAAAACAUUUAAGGGAAGAAAUUGUAAUGUUUGUUGAGUGGAAAAAAUUCAAGGAAAGAAAUUGUAAUGUUUGUUGAGUGGAAAAAAUUUAAGGAAAGAAAUUGUAAUGUUUGUUGAGUGGAAGAAAAUUCAAGGAAAGAAAUUGUAAUGUUUGUUGAGUGGAAAAAAAUCAAGGGAAGAAAUUGUAAUGUUUGU